AUGCAAGCAUGUGAUGUCAGUUUGACGUACGCUUGCAAAUUACCCUCAUCCCUUUCUCCACUGGACGUGCGACCCCGGCUCGGGAUUAUCGGCAUCGAGUUUGCAGGCGUGGCGCACGGUGUGAGCGGCGGAAUCCGCAGGCGUGGCGCGCGGUGUGAGCUCCGGAAUCCGCAGGCGUGGCGCACGGU